AGCAGGAUAGUCAAAAAAGGAAAGAGAAAACAUUGACAUACACAUCCAAGCAAUGUCUCAAGCUCCAAUGGAGAUCAGUAAUGUGGAUGAACAACUUUGUGAAGGUCAGCAGCAUGUGGAAAACAGAGACCUGGAUCAGCUUAAUGUCUCUGAGAAAUCACAUCGCUGUGACCAGUGUGGAAAGGGUUUUAAGAGCUCUUACGGUCUGAAAAUACACCUGCUUAUCCACACCGGCGAGAAGCCUUUCCUCUGCUAUGAGUGUGGGAAACGAUUCAGGCAGAGUGGACAUUUGGAUACGCAUCUGUCCAUCCACAGUGGCGAAAAGCCUUUCGUCUGCCAUCAGUGUGGGAAGCAAUUCCGCCUGAAAGGUGGUUUGAAUCGCCAUCUGUCCAUCCACAGUGGCGAAAAGCCUUUCGUCUGCCAUCAGUGUGGGAAGCAAUUCCGCCUGAAAGGUGUUUGA